GGUUAACACACGCGUUGUUUCCCAAAAUAAUUGAAUUAAAAUUCAUAUUGAAGCAAAAUGAAAACUUGGAUUUCAAAAAAGGGUUAAGCAAAUAAAAUGCAUGGCAACAAAGCGAAAGAUUAAGUUAACUUAAAUAAAAGAAGAAACAAAAAUUAUUUGAUAGAAGAAAUAAACAGUGAAUGUUACAAAGCGAAUUUGAAAAGAAUUCAUAAAAAUUACGGGAAAGUUUUCAAGAAUUAAAAAUUUGGAAAUGAAAUAACUGAAAAAAGCGCGGGUUUUAUGAAGAUUAAGAAGUUUUCUGUGCGAUUCAAACACAAAAAUUAUAGUGUCACUCUCCCACAUUUCAACUAAACAACCGGUUGCGUUGCUACAGAAAAAUAACAACAUUUGAAGAGUGACUAGAAAUGAAUACAAAACAAAUUAACUAAAUUGUUCGUAAUUGCAAUAAGCAACAAAAAUAAGUGAAUACAUAUUAGUAAAACCCAAUUAGUCAGCUGAAGAUGCACGCAUACAUAGAAAAGAAAGUAGUUUCCUUAUUCAACGUGUCGCCAUUUUCCAACAGAAAUUAAUACGUCGGUCACUAUAAACGCCAGUGCUGAUAAAAACAAAAACUUAAAUGAAAAAAUCUAAACAGUACUUAUUCAAAAUUUUCGUUUAAUGGCGUCGGCAAUUAGCUAUCACUUUUAGAAGAAAGAAAAAGACUUGAAAAAAUCGUUGGUGCUAAAAUGAAUUAACACAACUCAAAACCAAGCCGUUGCCGCCGUCGUAUUGCCGAUUUUUGCUGUUUUCUUAGCAAUAAACUAAGCGUUAAAACAAAAAAAUCUCAUUCCAAUGUUGUCUUGCCUGGUGCCGUCGUCAUCACGUUUUGGCCAAGAGGAUAAUAUAAAUCAAAGUAUGCCAUCGUCACCAGCGUUCGCCGUGCAAUUUCCCUCAUUGGCAUCGAGUUUACAUCAUCCUCAUCAUCAAAACAGUUCGAAAAGCAACAGUAACGUCGAAGAGGAAAACACCUCGAUGCCGGGACCGAUUUCAUCACACGCAGAUUUCAUGGUGAAUUGUCCGCAGUGUCCAACACGCUUAGGAUUUCAAUCUCUGCGCGAACACAUCUCUACCGAGCAUCCGCAUGAGAAACUUAAUGUCGAAAACUUUCCAUCCAGCCUUGUUUACCACAACCACCAACAUAGCCACCUACAGCAACAAUACCAUCAAAAACACCAACAAUCAUACUCACAACAGGGUGCCGUCGACAUUGAUGAUGAUAACGAGGGGAACGACGACGAUGACGACAGCAGCAGCAACAGUAACAGCAACAGCAGCACUGUUAAAUUCACAAAUUCACCUAUUCAACACAAUAGCAACAGCAGCAACAACAACAAUAACAACAACAACGAUAGCAAUAUUAAAAAUAAUAAUAAUAGUAUUACAAGUAUUGAAUAUGUGCGACGUUCACCUGCUCCACCAGUAGGUGCCAACGCCAUCACCACCGCCGUCAACAGUCCCGUCUCACCCAACUCCACGCCAGGUAAACAUCAAUCGAAAAUGAUACCGAAUGCGACGCCCAUCGUCUUACCGACAUCUCCAAACGAUCUCAGCGCCGCCACAUCACCAUUUGCCACAGCCGCAGCAGCAGCAGCAGCGGCUGCAGCUGCCGCUCAACAUCAACUACCACAUUUGCCGCCACAUCUAGCACAUCCACAUGGCAUGCAUCCACAUCUGCCCGCUGCCGCUCAACUAAUGGCUGCCAUGGCUGCCAUGCAAGCGCAACAGCAAAAUGGUCUGACCAAUGGUUUGAGCAAUAGCAGUAUAGGAGGCGGAGGAAAUGCUGCGACCGCGUUAACGUCCACCACAUCCGUAGGCACCUCACCCACCAGCCAAUUGCUGGCUUUGGCCACAAAUGGGCAUCAUCAUCCACAUGCGACGACGCAUGCACUGGCGGGCAACAUCAAUAAUGGUGGAAGUACUGUUUAUGAUUUGGAUGCGGCGCGUUCAACAUCAAGUCCUGGUUCUAUUGGAGGCAGCGAAAUGGGCGCCUAUCACUGUGUACAAUGCACGGCGACAUUCCAGACACGCGAGCAAUUGGAGAAACACGAGGUGCUGCAUUCCCCCAGUGCGCAAACGCACACGUCAAAUCAAAGCUGUAAGAUUUGCAAUAAGGCAUUUGCGAAUGUAUACCGUCUGCAGCGUCACAUGAUCAGUCACGAUGAGUCCGCUUUGCUGCGCAAAUUUAAGUGUAAUCAGUGUGACAAGGCCUUCAAAUUCAAGCAUCAUCUUAAAGAGCACGUACGCAUUCAUUCCGGCGAGAAGCCAUUUGGUUGUGAUAACUGCGGUAAGAGAUUCUCACAUUCCGGCUCAUACUCCUCCCAUAUGACCUCAAAGAAAUGCAUCAGCAUGGGCAUGAAGUUGAACCCAAACCGUGCUAUGCUCAAAGCGUUGGAAAAGAAUGCCACCGGUCAGGGGGCAUUGACUACGAAACGCAAUAACUCCACUGGAAGCGCUUUAAAACCGAACGGGCUCACAGACUCUUCGAUAAAUGCUGCCGCCCCGUUGGUGCCUGGACUGCCUCAACACAUGAAUUACUAUGCCGGUGAUGCGCGUGCCAAUGGCAAUGCGACGCCCUUUUAUCAGCAUUUAUUGCCCAAGUAUGAGGAUUAUAAUAUGAAUGCCAUGAAUGCCGCACUCUUGGCCACAUUUCCGAACCCCUUCUACAGUUUGGCGCUGGAUCCGCGCUUACCCUCAUACAGUAUACAACGCCUGCUGGAACUUACGGCCGUGGGUCAGCAACAUCAGCAGCAGCAGCACCAUCAGGAAGAACACCACCAGCAACAGCAAGAGGUACAGCAACGGGAAGAGGAACAAGCGGAAAGGGAACAACAACAACGGGAAUUGCGGAAUGAACAUACUGCACAUAUUGAAGAUUCCAUUGACGAGAUCAACGAGGAAGAGAUCCCAGAUGAGCCCAAAUUGGUAAUGGAUCUAGAUGAAACUGAUGCCAAGGAGGAAGAUGAGGAGGAGGUUGAGUCGGACAAUAUUGAAUCAGAGAUGGGAAAACAUUCCAAUCACGGUGAGGAAGCAGAAGUUGAAACACGAGAAAAAGGGGAAGGAGAAGGAGAAGUGCAUGGCGAAAAACCAAACUUGACGGAAAGCGUACAAAAUGAUAUUUCAUUCGAAGAAUCUGACGCAAUAGAAUCCCCCGAAAAAGACACUACAAUAACACAGAUCAAAUUGGAACAUAGUCGUCCUACAACACCGGCAGAAGAGGAAGAAGCUCAUAAGGUAGAGAGCGACGGAGCCAUAACAACUGUUAAGCAGGAAUUGGAUAACAUGGCAGAAAUUGAAGAAUCACGUCCAAUGGAAACCUCCACACCCGCCAAUAAGGUUGAGAAGGAAUCGCAGAUUGACGCCGGUAUUCCCACAACACCCGAGCUACGCUGUAGCCGCUGCGGUACACAGUUCAACCAUCAAACAGAGCUCGUCCAACAUGAAAAAGUGCUCUGUGGCUAUAUUAAGCAGGAGCUGCAGCAACAGCAACAGCACGAAGAGGAGCAAUUAGAGCAUCAUACCAAGCAACAACAUCAAUUUGAAGGGGAAAUUCAGCAAUCGCAGUCAAUACGGCCGCAGCACAAUUUGGAUGAUUCCGCCGAACAGUCUGCCACAUCAAACACUUCUCUAUUGCAUUCUAGCGAUGCCGAGGAUUUUCAAGACGAACGCGAUUCCUCUCCCCGCAACGACUGUAAUAGCGAAGGCAGCGAGCGUAAAGUACGCGUGCGCACCGCCAUCACCGAGGAACAGCAACAUCAACUCAAGCAGCACUAUGCCAUCAAUGCACGUCCAAGUCGAGAAGAGUUUCGCAUAAUAGCCACACGCCUACAGCUGGAUGCGCGCGUUGUGCAAGUCUGGUUUCAGAACAAUCGUUCACGCGAACGUAAACUUCAAAGCUACCAGCAAGCGAAUGGUAAAUUGCCGUUCACUUUGCCCACAACUAACGCGAGUGCCGCUAUGAUAAGCGCGUUAGACCGCGCCCCAAUACCAGCUAAAAGCCGCACAGGUGAGGAGCAACCGCUGGACUUGUCACUGAAGCGUGAUUGGGUCAUCGCGGCAAAGCGCAACGGUGUACAGCAACAACAUUCUCCGCUUUAUGGCAUCGCACCAAUGCAAGGCAUCGAUGGUAGUGAUCUUAACGAAGCAAUUAACCUGAGCCGCAAGAUGUCUGCCUCGAUGUCGCCCCCUUCUUCACUCUCGCCAUCAUCCGCCGCAUCCGUGCCUCAGUCGCUCAAGCAUCAAGCGGCGUUUUACUUUGGCGCACCGCCUACAAAUCAUCACUUCCAGCGACAAACGCCUUCGCCCAGUGAAGCGCCACCGCUGCCCCAACAGCAACCACUAACGCCACGUAACAGCAAUAACAACAACAACGGCUUUUCAGCUUCGCUGGCCGGUCAUCUACCACAAUACAUGUUGCCCUCCGGCGCCCAGCGAAGCCUAAUGCCUAUGGAAGCUAUCUUCCGCAUGACGCCCGGCGAGUAUGCAUGCAAUCCGCUCAUCAACAGUAUUAAAUUCCCCGACUAUCGCGGCACGAGCCUUAGCCCAGGCGGUUCGGAGAAGCGCUCGUGGCGCGAUGAUGAUUCGCGCAUCUCACACGAAGACGACUACAUUGCCAGCGGCUUGCUACCAAAACCGAAACGCCCCAAAGCAGAAACGCACGGACAUGCUGGUGACCCGGAUUUGCCCUUUGUGUGUGAUCAGUGCGACAAAGCGUUCGCAAAACAAAGUUCGUUAGCGAGACACAAGUACGAGCAUUCCGGUCAACGCCCCUACCAGUGUAUGGACUGUCCGAAGGCAUUCAAGCACAAACAUCAUCUAACCGAACAUAAGCGGUUGCAUAGUGGCGAAAAGCCAUUCCAAUGCACCAAGUGCCUCAAACGCUUCUCCCAUUCCGGCUCUUAUAGUCAGCACAUGAAUCACCGUUAUUCGUAUUGCAAACCCUACAGGGAAUAG